AUGUCCAACUACUCUACCUCCGACGACGAGUUCUACAGCUCCGCUUCCCAAGAUUCCAUGCAAAACUCGAAUGCCGAGAUCCUGACCCAAGACGACGUCGACUCGUACAACGCCUUGUCCCAGCUAAUUCUGUCUCAGCAGGCGGGCCCGGAGCCUUCCGUCACCAAGAUCUCCGACCGCUGCUUUGUGAUCGAUGGCUACAUUGUCUUUAUCAAUGCCAACGGCACCAAGACUCUGCGAAUCAAAAUGUUCAGCGUGUCAUUUCUUCACAAGUUUGAACAGGAGGCACUUUGCCAGCUCGAGACUGUGAACAUCGAGGCGCUGUACAAUUUGCACACCUGUUCCAGGUUCAUUCCCUGCACCUCCUCCAAGCUUUUCGAAUUUAUGGAGACCAAUUCUGUUUAUGUGAUGGAAACCGCCCACGGGCUACAGCUUGCAACGCGCGAGCAGAAGCCCAUGGCAAGAAAACUGGACGUAAUCCGGUUUCGUCCCCAGCUGCAAAUGUUCAAGUACCUGUACUACGCGCCUGCGCGCAAGCCGAUCAGAAUUGGAACAAGCCAGGAGUUUGUGCCAAUCACUAACACCAGGGAAGUGGGGUUCUACCGCAAGAAGCUCUGCUUGCAAAACCUGGAGUUCAGCGCCUCCGACCGCACGCUUUUGGCAGACUACCUCACCAACGACUCCGAGAAGCGCAGCCGCGUGCUUUCCGUUCUGCUCAAGUAUUACAACACUGUGUGUGCCCGUGUGGCCAAGACCGCGUUCACCACUGACCGCAACGGCCAUCAGA